AUGGUGGACGGCCCUAAGACCAAGCACAAGAUCUCAUGGCAGGAGGUGCAGCAGCACUCGACGUACGAUAAUGCGUGGAUCGUCAUCCACCACAAAGUUUAUGACAUUAGUAAAUGGGACUCGCAUCCAGGCGGUAUGGUUAUGCUGUCCCAGGCGGGGGAGGACGCCACUGACAUUUUCACGGUAUGUCAUCCAACGAGCUCCUGGAAACUGUUGGAGCAAUUCUACAUUGGUGACGUGGACGAGAGCACGGUAACGAGCAGCGUGACCCUCACAGAUGAGCAGAAAGCCAAGAAGGCCAAGUCAAGUGACUUCAUCAACGCCUAUCGUCGUCUUCGCAUUAAAAUUAAGGGUAUGGGACUCUACGAUGCGAGCAUGAUGUUCUACGCCUGGAAAAUCUUAAGCACCUUUAGUCUUUGGAUGGCCUCGGUUGCGAUCUGCUAUCAUUUCGACAGCUGGCCCAUGUACAUGUUGGCGGCUUGUGUCAUGGGCUUGUUCUGGCAGCAGUCGGGAUGGCUCGCACAUGACAUACUGCACCACCAAGUGUGGGAGAACCACAUGAUUGGAAAUGUCAUGGGGGUGGUCAUUGGAAAUGUAUGGAUGGGCUUUAGCGUCCAGUGGUGGAAGAACAAGCACAAUUUUCACCACGCCGUGCCCAAUCUAAUUGGUAAUAAUAAGACCAAGUACUUGGGUGACCCGGACAUUGAUACGAUGCCUUUGCUGGCUUGGAGCAAGCAUAUGGCGUCGAAGGCCUACGAAUCGAGCUGGGGACCGUUCUUUGUAAGCCAUCAGGCCGUGAUCUACUUCCCCCUACUGCUCUUCGCCCGAUUUAGUUGGUUGCUGCAGAGCUACUACUACGUGUUUAAUGGUUACGCGUUCGGCAAGUACGACCCUGUGGUCCUUCCGAAUGGUGAGAAGGUUGGCCUCUCCCUGCACUACAUCUGGAACUUGCUGCUACCGGUCUUAACUGGCAUGUCAGUUGCUCAAGGUCUGGUGUUUUUCAUGGUGGCGCAGAUGACGUGUGGCGGCUUCCUGGCAGCGGUCUUUAGUGUUGGCCACAACGGCAUGUCGGUGUACGAGCGUGAGGAUAAACCUGACUUUUGGAAGCUGCAGGUCACGACUACGCGUAACAUCACGCCGGGUUUCUUCAUAGACUGGUUCUGCGGCGGCCUAAAUUACCAGAUCGAGCACCACCUUUUCCCUAUGAUGCCGCGUCAUAACCUGCAGAAGGUGAACCCGCUGGUCAAGUCUCUCUGCCGGGAGUACGACGUGCGUUAUCACGAGACGAAAUUCUACCGCGGACUCGUUGAGGUUGUGGACGAAUUGGCCGAGAUCAGCAAAGAGUUUUUGCUUGAGUUUCCCGCCAUGUGA